AUGGGUGUGAUGGCCGUCGGUCUAUUCAUCACGAUUCUCCUCCUUUUCCAUCAAAUUUCUUCGUCGAUUCAACAAAGCAAUCAAUUGGAUCAAUUCACAGAUUCCAAGGUCGCCGAAAUGUCAAGGACCAUCUCCGCAUUGAAGGCCGAUUUAAAAACUCAAAAUACGGAAGUGAGAGAUGGAAAAGCCAAGAUUGGAAAGCUCGAAAGGAAAAUCAACGCGUUGCAGAGCAAGAUCUCUAGCUUUGAAACUCAAAUACAAUUUGAAAGGGAAAAAAAAACGAUCGAAAUUGCGAAGUUGCAUGCAGAUUUAAAUCGAACGAUGAAUCUCUUGAAUCUGUAUCGGGAUGGAUGGUCGUAUUUGGCAAAAACCGCUUCUUGGUACAAGGUUAUCGAUCAAGAAAUUACAUUUGAUGAAGCCGAGGCAUAUUGUGCGAGUCGAAAGAGCCAUUUAGUCACAAUUCACAGUCAGGAAGAGAACGAUUUUGUUCAAGAACUCGCGGAAACUGUUCAUUCGACUACUGGCUUCUGGAUAGGACUGAAGAGAAAUCCGAACCAAGGAAAAGCUUUGGAAUGGACGGAUGGAAGUUCGGUGGAUUUCACGAAUUGGUAUCCGGGAGAACCGGCUUCGAGAACCCACUCUACGCUUCUGAGCCACGAUGGGAAAUGGCAGCCAUCACCGGAAAGAAAUCGUGUGAGUCGCGAGAAUCUGCUCAGAAAGUACAAUGUGAGCAUCGAGAAUCUCGGAUACUUGGGACCACUUUAUAUGGCGGUUGUGCCUCUCUUCUUUGAAUACCUUCCAUGUUUCACGAAUGUCGCGGCUGGACCGUUAGGUUUUCCAUAUUACGAAGAAAUUGGCUAUUAUCAACCGAUCUUUGUCUCAUUGUAUCCAUUCAUCGAUUCAACGAUGGUUUUCGUUGGGUUCAGGGAUUACCGGAAUCGUAUCCUUUCCUCGAGGCCCAUUCAAUCUCUUCGAAAUCUCAAACGUUCGCGGAUCUUCCCCUCAAGAUCCGGCUCACAAUACCAAAAC